GGAUGCACUAGACUGCACUGCAUUUCCUCACUCUGUUAGUGACACAGUCUACAGCAGGCUACUAGAGUGACAAGGAAAGAGAACUACACACAAGGGUUACUCAAAAUGGACAAAAUGCAGUUGACUUUUUCCUGUCUGACUGUCCUUUUGGGUCUCGUCCUGGCUUCUACCACCACAGCCCAGACACAGCCAGUCAAUCCCACUGUAACCCAGCCCACCUCAGCCUCCGACCCAGCCAACAACACAGCCACUCUAGGACACACCACGGUUGUAGACAACAAUAAUUUAACAUUAUCCGCCAUAAACCCAAACCUUACUGAUCUCAUUUUUGAUAACGUCCCUAUAACCAAUUCCACCGGGAGGCCUAACCACACGGUAACCACACCACUGAAGACCAGUUCAGAUGCCUCUCCAGGACCGACAUCCUGGCCCUCACCAAUGGACGUCUCUACAUCAAAGCUCCCAGCAGAGGCCAGCAGCACAACUGCUAGCACUUCUGCUACUAGCACCACCGAGAAUAGAAGUUUGGCGGGAACUGCUCAACCAAAACCCUCUGCGAGAAAAUCGCCCCACAUUGGGUUGAUCAUCUUUAUUGUGAUCAUCAUCGCUGCCUGUCUGCUUGGACUAAUAUGCUUCUUUACUAAGAAGACAUCAAGGAGGUACUCCGUAGAUCUCCGAGACAGGCAUGAGGAUCUGCCUCUGAGUACUGCGGAUCCCGACGCCGUGUUUGACAACUCCUCAACACAGAAGGGGAUGGACACCUUUACCGCCGUGGAUCUCAACAGCACCGAGGUCCUGGUUAAGGGAAGUGAGGGAGAAAGAGCAGAUAGUGAGAAAAUCUCUGACUCUGACCCACCGCCUGCCAGCCCUGUGGACAAACCUGAUGAGGGGGCCCCUGGAGAUGUGGCCCCUGAGGCCCCAGUGGGGGAGACUGAUGACGAGAACACUGUCUCCAAUAAGACCUCAGUGGAGUCAGUGGAGGCCAACGAGAGCAACAACAAUAACACCAGCAUCACCGCCAGGGUCGCUUCAACAACUCCAAGAGGACGGGCAAUGACCAGCAGCUUCUCUGAGGUUCCUCUGGACAACCCGGCCUAAAAGAGAUCCUCCUUUAUCUGCAGCCCCUUCACAACCACGUAAGAUCGUACGAAUGGCUUACCAAGUAAAACUUCCUAGAGGACUCAUUCAAGAUAAAAAGGAGUUGGAGCACUCAACAACAAAAAAGACAGCCACUGCAUUUUGUAACUUCGCCAUGUUGGCAGUAGUACACGCUUUCAAAUGAUGCCCGUCUGACCACAUUUAGAUUCAUAAUGGACCUUUUUUGGAAUGUGUAAACAACAGUAAUUGUGUGAUGCUGGGAAUACAGGGCAAUGCUUGCUCUAGUUCCUCAACAGCAGCUAGGAGAGCUGAAAAAAAAGCACCUUAUAGGGAAAGACUCUUUGAGUCAUAAAAGUGCAUUACUUUGGAGAGGUGCGUGGCCACCUGGGGAAAGAAACCAGUUAGUCCUCUCACUCAAACACUUUUUUUCUCCUCCUUUUUUUCUCUUAUGUUGUGCCUACCCCAAAUGUCCCAUGAAUAUUCUUAUCAUGUUACUGAAUGUGUCCACAGUUUUUUCAGAUUUCCUUAUCAACAAAUGCGGGGAAAGGUGCAGUAAAUGUAAAAUGCACAUAACGUCAACACUGUAAUGUUUGAAUUCAGUCUUGUGUCAGAUUGACUGUUUUGUCCUCGCCUUUUAGUCUGAUAAUGUUCUCAAUCUCCAAACUGUUCAUUUUGAAUUGCUACUAUGGUUAUGCAUACGCUUUCCAUCUUUCUUCUGUAAGAAACAUUUUCAUUUCUCCCGAUCCUUAUAGGCCGAUUCCCACGAGUGUAAGCCACUACAGUAACUUUAUACCUGACAGAAUGGGGACAGCAUGGACAAGUGGGCUAGUCUGGUCAUUCAACGACAGAGUACAGUGUAACAUUCCUAUGUAAUAUACUGUAACUGUGGCAGACAGCGUCCCGGCAGGGUGCAUGGCUCUUGCCUGGACAGCAGCUGCAGACCCAGCUCUGCUAUAUAGGACACUCCAUCCUCAACUAAGAAAACAUUCCACCCCACUGCAACUGUACUGUCCCCUUCCCACUUCCCCCAACAUGCAGGGUUUGACCCUCGUGUAGAUUACAGUUCCAGGUUUUCCACUAGAAAUGCCAGGGCCCAUAGGUUCACUGAAGUAGGAUUUUCUGUGACAAGAUCCAAGUAUGAGGUGACUGAAUUUAGUGUGAAGUAUGAAGGUGCUGAGUAUUUGCCAUUGCCUUAUUGUCUGUGACUUCUAGACAAUGACAAAGAAACAAAUGAUUGGUUUGAGAAAGACUCUUUAUUAAUUUUCACUGCAAUGUAUCGCCAACAAGUAGUAAAGCUUAAAUUCAAUAUUUUUAUCAAAUAAUGCUUGUUUUUUAUAGCUACAAGGGACCUGAAGUUCUAAAUCAAAUAUCUAAAUGAUCCUUGGUAUGACCAUCUUAAAACAAUUCCAUUUGUUAUCUUAGUAGAACCCCCAAUGUGUCCAUGUGAAAUUAUGGAAAACCGUUGUUUAUGAUAUGUUGGGAUGUCCAUGUGAAAUUAUGCAUUUGUGAUAGAAAGGUCUUGUGGGCUAUCAUGUUGGAACAUUCCUGAAAGGAGUUCCUGGAUAGAGUACAGGCUGGGCAGGUAGCAGGUUGGCUAGAGUAGAGCCAUACCUGAGUUUUGUUAUCAGGAAAUAGUUGUUGCCUGAAUAUUUUUUACUGAGAAUAUCUUUGAUUUUUUCAAGUCUUUGUCAACAUCCUGUUCUGUUCUGUACAACGUAUAUUGGCCAAUUUGUCCUGCACCUGUUAAUAUUGUAAAUAAAAGCCUCUGAGUGGU